UCUCAAUUGAUGUAGCAGCAUUAAACACUAUAUUUCCAUUUCACUCACUAUCUUUCCUUCUUUCACAACUUUCUUUUUCCAAGUAUCUCUCUCUCUAUUAGACAACAACACCACAAGACAAUCGAAGAUCUCUCUCUCUCUCUCCACAACGAUGAAGACUAACCGGAACCGUCCGAUCAACAUCCUCAUCGUCUUCUUCCUUCUUACGACCGCAAGAGCAGCAACAAGAAACUGGACCAACCGAACUCACCGAACCGUCCCUAAGGUUCAACACGCGUACUACGCAUAUCCUCACCGUUCAUGCGAAUCUUUCUCUCGUCCAUACGCACGCUCUAUGUGCAUUGAGCUCGAAAGAAUCCACAGAAGCAGUCGACAACCGCUUUUCUCUCCUCCGCCUCCUCCGACGGAGAUUGAUCAAAGGUACGGCGUCGAGAAAAGACUUGUUCCCUCCGGUCCAAACCCACUUCACAACUGAUGAAACCCUUCUUGUGAAGAAAAGGAGCUAGCUAGGGUUCUUCUCAAUUUUCUUGUAAAUCUUUCUUCUUUGUAUUACUUUCUUGAUCUGUUUGUAUUGCGCAAUUACUACGUAAUGAGGAAAACUAGUACUAUUUCCACGCUUGUUUUUGGGCUUAUCGAUUGUGAAAAUAGGGCAGAAACAAGCUUGGAAAUAGUUUAUUUGCCAAGGAUCUUGAUCUUGUGCUUCACUUCCUUGUUAUUACUGCAUCAAAAAUCUUAUUUUAAAACAAAACGGUAGAAAGUUAAG